CAGCUGUUAGCGCUCACUGGAGCCUAUCACUGUAAACAGUGAAUGAAACACACUUCGCUACGAAGAAUCCCUGCGACAAUGGAGGCAAGAUAGCAAGAUCUUCGCCCAAACGCCAUAAAAUAAGGAUGUCGAGUCCUUCCAGACAGAUCUCAAAUCGGAGAUUGCCGCCUUUACCAAAUAGUUCUCGUAGCAGCCCCAUUCGUAGAGUCCCAAGCGGCGGAAACACCGCAAAGAGUUCUUCCUCGCCGGGCCAAAGGCACACUAGCAACCAGCACAGCCUAGUAAACAGUCAUGGCCACUUCGAUCUUAGCGUUCCCUUUAAUGAAGGCCCGUUUAGACCUGCUCUUGUGCAAGGGAAAGCGAUUGGAGAGCGACCGGCACCAGAAACACAUGAAAUAGACGGGGAGUCGGUUCGAGGGUACUUGCAAGGACAUCCGAUGUUCUUGGAAGAGUUUGUUAUGAAGAACGUCGACCAAGAACGAUUGGAAAGAUGGCUUAUCCGAAAAACUCGUAAGAUAAAGCACAACAAGGGGAGACAUCCAUCUUCAGAACACGAAAAGAAUCAACAAAAUGCAUCUCUAACGCAUCGGCCGUCGCUGUCAAAAUGGAAGUUCUGUGUACAUAGCGAUAAGAAGAAGAUGUUAGAAGACCUCACUCAUGACAUCCACCAACAGCCUAACAAACAGAAAGUGCUUCUGGAGCUGGCUAAUUGUAUCGCCUCAGCAUCACAUGCAGAUGGAUUUGUUUUGUAUCUUGUUGAUUCUUCUGGACAGGACUUGUAUGUUUACAAUCCAAGUUUACCAGAAGGGAAAACAUCCUCCUCAGUAAGGAUCCAGCAGGGCACAACAAUAGCUGCAUAUGUGGCUUACACACUGAAACCAGUCAGAACAACAGAUAUACUAGGGGAUGAGAGAUUUCCUCAAGGCACUGGUGUUGACAGCACCACUGCCCAAUCCAUCCUGUGUCAGCCGAUCGUGCAGUCAAAUGGAGAACUUGUUGGUACAAUCGAGUUGAGCAGAAUGGUUGGACGAGAUCCCUUUGAUGAGGAAGAUGAAGAGAUAGUCAACAGUUAUCUCGUCUGGGGUGGGAUAUCACUUUAUUAUGCAGAGAUGUACCUACACAUGCACAAGCACAGAAAACUAACGGAGUUUCUUCUUAACGUAACAAGGUCCAUUUUUCAAGAUAUCGUUAGUAUGGACACGGUUAUUAUGAAGAUCAUGAACUACGCCCAGACACUCGUUGAUGCAGACCGGACCUCGUUAUUCUUGGUUGAUAACAAGACAAACGAGCUGUAUGCAAGGAUCUUUGACAUUGGAGGGAGCCUGGAGGAUAGCCGCUCCUCGCAACUGCAGAAAGAAAUAAGGUUCCCCAAGACGAAAGGCGUGGCAGGCUACGUGGCAACCUCUGGCGAGACCCUCAACAUCUCCGAUGCCUACCACGAUGAUCGAUUCAACAGAGAAAUUGAUAUUCAGACUGGUUACACCACCAGGACACUUUUGUGUAUGCCAAUAUUUAUCAGGGGAAACAUUAUCGGCGUUGUUCAGAUGGUGAACAAGAAGUCUGGAGUGUUCACGGCUUCAGAUGAGAAGUCUUUCCAGACCUUUGCCAUCUACUGCGGGCUUGCUUUGCAUCACGCCAAGCUCUACGACAAAAUCCGUCGGUCUGAACAGAAGCAUCGUGUGGCUUUGGAGGUUCUUUCAUAUCACAGCAAGUGCUCCGAAGGCGAGCUUCACCGACUGAAAGAGCUGGAUUGCCCUGAUCCUUAUCCUGAUCUCGAAACGUAUGAGUUUGACUCGUACAGCCUUGAUUCGGAGGUCAUGCCUAAGCUAGUGAUCUUCCAGACCAGGAACUUGUUCUCUCUGUCAAGAGAGCCACGGUGGCCCACUGGUGCGGCGCUCAUCUCGCAAGCUCAUACCAUAAGGUUUGAUUUAGACGAGCUGUAUCGCUUCGUUUUGACAGUCCGUAAGAACUACCGCAAGGUCCCGUAUCACAACUGGACACAUGCCUUUGCCGUAGCACAUUGCAUGUACCUGGUCAUACGGUCCGGACAUAACAAUUUCACCGGACUAGAGGCGCUGGCCAUGUUUUUCGCUUGUCUGUGUCACGAUCUCGACCAUCGCGGACGCACCAACUCGUGGAUGAAGAACGAGGGUACGCCUUUGGCUGCUGUGUACAGCACUUCCACCAUGGAACACCAUCAUUUCAACCAGACCAUCACCAUUCUACAGCACGAAGGUCACAACAUCUUCUCCCAGCUCAACUCUGCGGAGUACAAGACUGUGCUUGGGUAUAUGAAGGAAUGCAUUCUAGCUACGGAUCUCGCGCUGUUCUUUGGCAACAAGGCCAAACUUAAGGACGUCGUAGACAAAGGGACAUUCUCAUGGGAUGACCAAGAGCACAGGCGUCUUUUGCGAGCGAUUUGCAUGACUGCAUGUGACCUUUCAGCCUGUACCAAGCCUUGGCGAAUCCAGUACAAGAUUGUCGAGGUCAUCUACCAGGAGUUUUACGCCGAGGGUGACCUGGAGAAGGCUCAAGGCAAGCAGCCAAUCCCGAUGAAGGAUCGAAACACUGCACACGAGCUUCCAGCACACCAGGUUGGCUUUCUUGUCGGUAUUUGUUUGCCUUGCUACGAGCUACUCGGUAAAGUUAUCCCUGGAACCAAACCGCUCGUCGAUGGCGGAAAGAAAAAUCUCAAGCUGUGGUCAGAAAGAGUGGCUAAGCAGAAAGAAAUAAUUGCUGCCGAAGAGAAGGAGAGAGAGAAAGAAAAAGAGAAGGAGGAGGGUAAUAAAAUCUCGGAAGAUUCACAGACAACAAGUCCAUCACAGGAUGCGAAAGAGGUCAACAGCGAAUCAGAAGACAAAGAGAAUCACGUAGGAGACGAUAAGGAGCAAAUAGUAACAGAAGAACAGAAAGAGAAAGAAUGCGAGAAAACUGAUGAGGGCUCAAAAGAGGAGAGCAAAACGUAAUAGGAGAGACUUGUUUGGUUAGUAUGGUCAGGUAACUAACGAGGCUUACAAGGUAAGAUGUACAUAUUUGCUAGUGUAAAAGAAGGGAAAUUUCGCCUUUUUUGCGGCAAGCUGAUGUAAAUCCAGAUAUCAUCAAGGUAGGGAACCGAAUGAAAUUAUGGAGCUGCUGGAUUGCACAAGGAAUUGUACAGUGUUAUUGACCAAUCUUACCAUGAAUGGUCAUUGUACUGACAGUGACGAGUAAAUAACGGAGAAAUAUUCCGUGGAUACUACAUAAGUAAGCCUUUUUUACUAUACUCGUGCUCGAACGUAGUUACAGCAAACUUGCUGUCAAAAAUGAACAUAUUUUAGACAGAGGUAGAAUUAGUAUAUUGAAAUCAGCUUUGGUUGUGAUUAUUAAGAAAAUGGGAAUUUUUUUUUAAUAUGUUUAAAACGAAUUGUUAUGUAAAUAUUUUUAGUAGUUUUAAUUGGCCUUGUGAAGGGCGUAUCGACGAAUGAGACUGAACAAACCAAAAUGAUGAAAUGAAUGAAAUUAUAUUAAAAGUCAUAGAGUAUAUAUAAGAAAUUAUCGAAGUAGAAGAAUCUAAUAGCUAUAAGUAUGAUCCAAAUUAACUGAACAAAGAGAAAACAUACCAUUUAUGCGAACAUUACUUAUUUACCUGUGGUGAAUCGAUAGAUUUUAGAGUUAGAUAAGUGCGCUGUUGAUUCAGUGCUGUGAUUUUUAGCAAACACCACUUAUGACACCACUCAUUUCCUCCCCGUUUCAAAGCAGACCUAAAAUUGGAAGGAGUAUAUGUGCAUUUUGUUUUUAGUAAAUCUUAAAUAGUGAAAGAAAGAAAAAAAAACAUAUUUUGGUCAUAAGACAUUUUGUUGACUCCAUUGCGGCGUUGUUUGAUCUCCGUGAAUCGUACACAUUCUUAUAAAACUUCGUGGAAAUGGCCUUCUAAUUUUUUUUUUUUUUACAAUCGUGUAUCGUGCAAAGACCACCACCCCUCGCCGCCCUUGGAUUAAUAAUAUAUUUCAUCCAUUUAAGGUAUGUUUGUACGUGUAUGUACAUAUCGAUGUAUAUUUAUUAGAAAUAUAAUAUUUAUCUCAAAACAUAUUAUAACAGAAUACCCCAAAAGUAAAGGCAUUACACCAAAACCAUUUGCUAAACCAGAUUAGUUAGACCAUACGAUUAGUCUGGUCGUACAAGGAAGACUGAUUACGUUAAUCCUUCGGUGAAGGCAUGACAUCUAGGCAGUGAUGUUAAUGUAGACAUCAACCCUAAACCUCGUAAACUUAAACCAUGUACAAACCCAUUAAAUCAGCUUGUACAAUAAAAUUGAUCUUCAGUGAA